AUGGAUGAAAAUUUAAGUCGUGGUUACGUGCAACUUGGUAAAGCAAGGGGUGUAAAUGAAUUUAAGUUUGUUAAUGGAUUAGAUCAUCUGACACCCCCGGUUGAUCGCUAUAAUUUUGUUUAUCUUGCUUUGGUCCUUGCGGGAGCAGGAUUUUUAUUGCCGUACAACAGUUUUGUUAUUCCGGUGGAUUAUUUUCAAGCCCGGUAUCCAGGCACAACCGUGAUUUUUGAUAUGUCAGUUGUAUAUAUAACCAUGGCUUUUUUCGCUGUUUGUGCAAAUAACAUUCUUGUGGAAACAAUAUCUCUAAAUACAAGAAUUGCAUUUGGGUACAUUGUUUCAUUUGUCACUCUGAAUUUUGUCGUUAUAUCAGAAAUAUGGUGGGAACUUUUUGGAGUGGCUACAUCUUAUACAAUUAAUUUAAUCGCGGUUGCAGUUGUUUCCAUAGGAUGCACAGUUCAACAAUCAAGUUUUUAUGGAUACACUUCAAUGCUACCAUCAAGAUAUACGCAGGCAGUGAUGGCAGGUGAAAGUUUAGCCGGUUUUUGGGUGUCAAUUAAUCGAUUAGUUACUAAAUUAUUAAUCAAUGAUGAACGUGGAAAUACAUCAAUAUUCUUCAUUUUAUCCAUAACAACAAUUCUCUUGUGCACAUUUCUAUACCGACUAGUCAGAAAAACAGAAUUUGUUCAAUUUUACAUUCAUCUUUGUCAAGAACGCAAUAAAAUAACACUUGAACCUACUGAAGACAUCGGUCUUAUGGACCCAUUGGAGCAAGUAGAUUCAAGUAAAGGGCAAUAUGGAAUAUUAAAACUUCAAACAAGUCCUCUAGCCGUAGAUUCUGGUGCUGAUUCAAAUGGAGCCCAAUAUUCAGCAUUUUCUUUCAGCAAUCCAGUGUAUGAACCAAAUGGUCCAUCAGGAAAUUCUUUAAGCGGUACUGGCCCAAAAUAUAAAGUUGAAGAUGUUGUCGUGAUGCGAGGGUUUUCGAGAAAUCAAAGUAGCAAGCCUUGGUCAGGCAUUAAAAGAGGAUUGUUAGCAAGACUAGAAGUAGCAAAACUUAUUUUUCCUUACAUGGCAAGUAUUGGUGUAGCUUAUUUUGUUACACUUUGUCUUUACCCAGGAAUAGUAUCAGAAAUAAUAUCUUGUAAAUUCGAAUCAUGGAUGCCGGUAAUUUUGAUGGCAGCAUUUAAUGGUGCAGAUUUGCUUGGAAAAAUUUUAGCGUCAAUAUCGUAUGAAUGGACACGAACACAACUGGUGUAUUUUUCAAUCGCUCGUAUACUUCUUAUACCUCUCUUUCUAUUAUGUGCGAUUCCAAGACAUGCACCAAUAUUAUCAAGCGAAAUUUAUCCACUUCUUUUUUCGUGGUUACUUGGACUUACUAACGGUAUCGUUGGUAGUGUCCCGAUGAUUCAGGCCCCAAGUAAAGUUCCUGAAGAACACCGGGAAUUAGCUGGAAAUAUUAUGACCCUAUCUUACACCACUGGUCUCACACUUGGAUCUUUGUUAGCUUAUAUAUUAGAUGCGUUUCUUGGUCAUCCUGUUACUACUAAAGAAAUUUGUGUAAACUUAUUGACCGCCACUGUACCAACAACAUUUAUAAGUAAUAAUAUAACAACAGAUAUAUUAGCGAGCAGUAUCAAACUCACCACUCUUCCAACAAUUAAAAAUAUUAGUAAAAUAUCAAACAUGUUAAUGACAACAACUGCUACUAAAAUGGCAACACAAUUAACGACUUCCUUAAUGACAAAUAAAACAGCAAUACUUUUAGGGAAUGCCCUUAACACAACAUCAACCACAACAGUACCAAUUAUUUUUACCAAUGUUACAUCGACUAUUAGUAAUGCAAUCAUUCAACAUUAA